CUUUGAAGCAUCAGCUGAACAUACCGAAAUACGCGCUCGGAUCGUUCGGACCGUACUCUGCGAUCCUGCGAGAUUUUAUUUGAAUUUAUUUUAAUUGUUUGUAUUUAUUUUAUUUUAAUCGGUAUUUGUACUGAUUUUUUUGGUUUCUGUUGUCGGUCUUUUUUGGUGUUCAAAGGAAAGAGAGUCAUGGAAAAUUUCGCUAAAGGAAAACAGUGAACAAGAAAAGCCGGCUUUUCGAUUUGUUUUUUUAUUCAUAGUUUGGGAUUUCAAAUUAUUUGAGAUGGCUUUUGGUCGCAAUAACAUAUCCAGAAACCGCAACAGUUGGGGUCCGAUUUCCACAUUGGGAAGUUUGGGUUUUCCUCGAGCCGAUCCCGAAGAAGAUUUGGCCGAAGAAUAUACGGAACGAAUGAUGUCCGCUCAGAUGAGACAACUGGACCCGCUAAAAGAAGAUCUCGCUGAUUGGCUCAACAAGACUCUAGAAAUCGACUACAUCAACAGGGACAACUUUCUCACGGAGCUUGACAACGGCGUAGUCAUAUGCCAUUUAGCGCAAAUCGUUUGCGAUACUGCUAAAAGGGCCGUAGGAGCUGGAUUGAUGAAAGGACCUGUACCAAGUGUUAGAGGCAAAUGCUUUGAAAAGGCAAUGCGCAGGAGCUUCUUUUCCAGAGAUAACGUUGCCAAUUUCAUCAAAUUUUGCAGAUCUUUGGGGGUGCACGAGAAUUUACUGUUUGAAAGUGACGAUUUAGUUUUACACAAUCAGCCACGCAGCGUCAUCCUAUGCCUCCUAGAAGUAGCCAGACUAGCCACGAAAUUCGGCAUAGAACCUCCAGGCCUGGUGCAACUAGAAAAAGAAAUCGCCGAAGAAGAGCGCAACAGCGGAGAUUCCGGCAUGAGCUCCCUAUUAUCCUGGCAAUUCCAAGCCAGCUCGCCUAGAAUGGACAACUCCGAGCUCAAAAUGAGCCACAGCCGAUCUGCAUCGGCAAUUUCCCAUUACGCCGAACGCUGGAAUACUGGCCCUCACGUUUUGCUAAUACGAGACGGUGCCGGCGAUAAUAAUCUGACCAUAAAAACUAGUGGCGCAAGCGACGGUGUUCCUAGCGAUCAUACUGAAGACGAAGAAUGGUCCGGAGGCAGUCCAGAAGAUCCGGACUUGGAUGUGGUGGAUACCAGGAGAAGCGUUGAUUGUAAAGGUGGUGGCGAUGCACCCGCUCAAAGUCUGACGACAGAAUUGGACAGAAAAGUUCAGCUUGCUGCCAGAUUGAUGCAGAGAAAUUGUAAUUGCGCUUCUGGUAAAUGCGAUAAGCUCAGAGUUAGGAAAGUGGGAGAGGGUAAAUACAAUAUUGCUGGAAAGAACGUAUUCAUAAGGUUGUUGAAAGGCAGACACAUGAUGGUAAGAGUGGGAGGAGGAUGGGAUACCCUGGACCAUUUCCUGUUGCGUCACGAUCCUUGCCAGGGCCACCUAAAAGAAAUCAAAACCAGGUUCACUCCGAGACAGCCAAAGUACGAAAAAGUCCAGAACAUAUCCAAAAAAUUCACUUAUUAUAAGAGGUUUGCUCGGUUAGUAAGACCAGGUGAAACAGCUGUAUAAUUUUUGCAAAAAAAAUUAAACCAAUUUUGGAAUCACAUUUUAAUUUAUUUUAAAUAUACACUUAUAGCUCUAUUUCUAAACUAAUUAUUAUAGUUUGUAUAAAAAGUAGGAAUAUGAGAUUACUAAGAGACACAUAGAGUCACUAAAUAAACGAUUUCUAGCAUACUUUUAGUAAAUCUAAAAGAUGGAUGCUUUAGAAAAAAAAAAUCCAGGCACAAAAUUACUUACAUGUUUUUGAUCAAAUUAAAACUUUAAAUGUUAAUUAAGUGCAAAAACAGCAAAGGGGGUGACAAUAAAGUUAGUUAAGAUGCAUUUAGAAAAAUAACUUGUUUCAUUUUAAUGUAGGAAAUAUUAAUAUAAAAAGUCGAAUGGGCUUAUAAACCAAUUUUCAAAUUUGCUAUGAUGGUCAAGCUUCUAAAUUUUAAAAAUUACCUAGGGUUUCCGGAAUAAUUUGGAUUACAUGGGGAUUUCGGAAACCAUUGAAAAUACAGGGUUGAGCAAAUGAAGAAAAUGUUGCGCAAUCAAGUGCCUACAAAUAACGUGUCACCAACUUCUUUGAACUUGGAAUAGCAACGGAUAUACAAGGUCAAAAAGAAAAAAAGUGCGUUUUAUAAAAUCCUUCAUAUCUUGUCUAUUAUUAAAGAUACAAUCAUGAAAUUUCCAGAAUAGGUGUAUUUGCUAUUCCGAGUUGAAAAAAAUUGUUGAUAGAUUAUUUGUAGGUACUUGAUUGCGCAACUUUUUCCCCAUUUGGUCCACCCUUCAUCUUCAAUGGUUUCCAAAAUCCCCAUGCUCUUCAACCCUUUCCGGACACCCUGUAUUUUUAAAACGCAAACAAGAAAAAAAAAUAUGGUUUAUUAGUCCAGUAUUAUUAUUCUUAACUACACCUUAAUUACAUAUAGCGGUAUUUUUUAAAUAUUUUCAGCUCAAGCAAAUAUAAUUAAUGAGGAAAAAUAAGCAUUUCUACUUAUUCUAUUUCUUCUUACUUUUUCCAAGAGUCAAGGUGUGAUGACUGCUAGAACCCAUCUGCUGGUACUGCGCCUUUCUUCUGUUAAACUCCACAAUUUCGUCUUCCAAUUUUUUCCGCGACUCUUCGAUUUUCUUCUUUUCGUCCGUGUGAUCCUUUU